AUGGUUGCGUGGGAUAAAUGUGUUUUCGCUUUAAUCAUUUUAAAUGUACACGCGGCGUUCUCGGAAAGUCUUGUAGAUUCCAUAAGAAGCGUCGUCAAAGGCAAUUCUAACCCGCCCAUUGUAGUGCGCCUCAACUUCAAACAACGAAGCGGAACAAUUUACGACUUCGCUCAACUGGAUGACACAACUGAAGCUAACGAGAGAUCCCAGAAUCAUGACGCCAUCAAUGACACGGGGGACAAUGAUGAAGGAGCUUAUUUGUUGUAUCAUUUGCUGAGGACGACGCAAGAGAACGAAGAUCUAGACGAAUCAGCAACCAGGACGUUCGAGAAAACCAAGGACAUGCUCCGCGCAGCACUAAGAUCCAGAUGUAACAAAUAUGACAGGUGCGUCCGUCGUUGUGUCAAAGUGACGUAUUCUUGCACCGUCACUUGCAGGGAAGUGUAUGAUAUGUAUGACAUUUGCCGGCAACCGAUCUGCGGCAGUGCUUGCUGGGGACGUUUAGACAGUCUUCUCUCUCGUCUGUACGAGAAAGCGCAAAGCAGCUAUAGGCCAUUAAUUGUCAUUCUGGAUAAUUCUUACUUAAAGGAGAGAGUGCAGAAACCAGAUCACCAGGAAGUCAGCCCAUUGCUGUCUAGCAGCGAGGAAAUUGUCCAUAUUGAGCCACCACUUGCGAAAUUGAAUAAGAAGCCGAGAAAAUCAACCAGACAAACAAUAAAACCGAUAAUCAAAUCCAAGAACAGAUUCCGCGCGAGAAACGCACUGGCGCAGCGCAGCAGAAUCCAGUCACCCAUCGUGAAAAGUCUCCUGCGCAUAUCAAACGAUCUUCGCUGCAACGCGAAGGAAGAGUGCGUGGAUGAGUGCAAAAUUAAAUUUAUCGGAAUCAAAAUAAAGAAAUGCAUAAUCACAUGUGAAAUCUACGAAUGCAAAGAGGAGGAAGUGGACUCUUGUAGGGGUGAUGAAUGCAAGAACUCGUGCGAAUCCGAUUGUGAAGAACAGGCGGGUAGUACGAAAGAGUUCUGCCUCCGACUCUACUACAAAUCAUGUGUUCCAUGGUGCGAACACCAAGUGGAACAAAAUGUCAUUCCUCUAAGACAGGCCAGUGGUAAGAACCUUGUAGAAUCUACAGCGCACUACGUGAAGGGAUGUUUAGGAGCUGGGCUGCUGGGCAUCCACGAAGGUUUCAUGUAUGGUGGUCUUUGGGCUUCGCUCGGCGCUACAGCCUUUUUAGGGUUCCUGGUACCGUAUUGUACAUAUGUUUUAGAAGCGGUAUCGCCGACGAUAAAAAACUCCAAUCUCGAUAUUAGUAUUUACAUUAUUAUCAUAACUAUCCCGCUGGUGUCGCUCUGUUUGAUACGAAGUUUGAAAUAUUUGGCGCCUUUUUCACUAAUUGCAGAUUUAUUCAUUGCAAUAUGCGUCAUUACAAGCCUGUACUACAGUAUAUCCGUCGUGCAGUCGAUAAGAAAUGUCCCCAGCUGGAAGAGCAUACAUGGCUUGCUCCGCUUCUGUGGCGUUUGUAUCUACAGCAUAGAUGGCAUCGGUGUAUCUCUACCAAUCGAGAAUAACAUGAGGCGGCCGCAGUACUUCGAUGUUGUACUACAGUGCGGUAUGGCUAUAGUUAUUCCAUUGGUGGCUAUGGUCGGCUUCUUCGGGUAUUGGGCUUGGGGGGAACACUGCAGAACUCCAAUUACAAUCCACAUGCCCCCUGAAAGACUUCGUCUGUUGAAGAAUUUGUCGAUCAUCGCCGUUGGAGUCAUAUUGUGCGGCGGUGCUAUUUAUUCAUAUGACUAA